CACACUGCGGGGAUUCAGUGUGGCUUUUUACACUGUUGGAUAUUAUUCUCUUAAAACAUUUUACACGGAUUUCACAUGUUUUUGCAUAUUUUUGUCAUGGCUUCAUUGAAGACAGUCGUUCACAGAGGGCAGUGGCUCGGCCUGGUUCUUUGUCUCUUUGCGCUGAGGUCCGUGUCUGGACAGGCUCGUUACUCCGUUCCUGAGGAGCAGGCGGAGGGAUCUUUCGUUGGAAAUAUUGCUGGAGAUUUGGGAAUAGAUGUAAAAAGGCUGGUCUCAGGAAACGCUCGCAUUGUGACAAAAGAAAGUCGACAAUAUGUGGAUUUAAAUCGAGACAAAGGCAUCCUUGUUGUUAAAGAGCGAAUCGACCGAGAGGAGCUGUGUAAGAAAACAACGCCCUGCAGUUUUAGUUUUGAGGUGAUUCUGGAGAAUCCAAUUCAGCUGUAUCGAGUCACUGUGGAGGUAACAGAUGUGAACGACAAUACUCCAGCUUUUCCAAAAGAUGAAAUCGUUUUAAAAAUAGUGGAAACUGCUGCUUUAGGGACACGCUACGCGUUAGAACGUGCGGAUGAUUCAGAUGUGGGUAUCAAUGACAUUCAAAAAUACAUCCUGAAACCCUCGGAUCAUUUUAAACUUAAAAUGCAAACACAGUCUGACGGGAGUCAGGUUGUGGAGAUGGUUUUGGAAACGCCUUUAGACCGAGAGAAACAUGAGGAGCACACUCUGAUUUUGGUUGCUUCAGAUGGAGGCGCACCUCAGAGAUCAGGAACAGCACGUAUUCACAUCACUGUGCUAGACGCGAACGAUAAUGCACCAGUCUGUAGUAAACAGGUUUAUAAAGCUGAGGUUCAAGAAAACUCUGCACUUGGCACUGUGGUCACCACCGUCAGCGCCAAUGACGCAGAUAAAGGAAUAAAUGGUGAAGUUACUUAUUCAUUUGCUCACGUCAGUAAAGAGGCCAAGCAGCUGUUUGAUGUAAAUGCCAAAACAGGUGAAAUUAAAUUAUUAGGGAAUCUAGACUACGAAAUAUCUAAAUCAUAUCAGCUGAAUGUCCUGGCCAGUGAUCACGGAGGCUAUUCAGACACGUGCAAAGUUAUUAUCCAAAUAACUGACGUGAAUGAUAACUCACCUGUUAUUCAGCUCAUGUCAUUUUCAAGCACAAUCUCUGAAGAUGCUCCUCCAGGCACAACUUUAGCUGUGAUUAAUGUUCAUGACGAUGACUCCGAGAGAAACGGUGUAGUAGAAUGUUCUAUUAGUUCUGAUUUACCUUUUAAAAUUGAAUCUUCCUUGUCUGGUUAUUAUACAAUAGUUACUGAUGACGUGUUAGACAGAGAGAGUGUCUCAGAAUAUAAUAUUACUCUAUCAGUGACUGACCAAGGCUCCCCGCCGCUUUCAAACAGAAAAACUAUUCAGGUCAAAGUUUCAGACGUCAAUGACAACUCCCCAAAGUUUGACGAAUCAGAAUAUAGAAGAACAAUACCUGAGAAUAACUCACCUGGGUUUUCUAUAUUCACUGUACGUGCGACUGAUGCAGACUGGGGUCAGAACGCGCGGGUUUCAUACUUCCUGGAGGAAAUGGAAAUUAAUGGUGCGUCUCUGUCUUCUUUGGUGUCCGUGAAUUCAGAAAGUGGCGUGAUUUCUGCAGCAAAAUCCUUUGAUUAUGAGCAAAUAAAGAAGUUUGACUUCAACGUAACAGCUCGUGAUGCUGGCUCUCCUCCUCUGAGCUCAGUGGUGCCAGUUAAGAUCCUGGUUCAGGACCAGAACGACAACGCCCCUCAGGUGCUGUACCCAGUCCAGACUGGGGGCUCUCUGGUGGCUGAGAUGGUGCCUCGUUCAGCAGAUGUGGGCUAUCUGGUCACUAAAGUGGUGGCUGUGGAUGUGGACUCUGGACAGAAUGCCUGGCUCUCCUAUAAACUGCAGAAAGCCGCAGACAGGGCGCUGUUUGAAGUGGGCUCACAGAAUGGAGAAAUAAGAACUAUCCGCCAAGUGACUGAUAAAGAUGCAGUCAAACAGAGACUGACUGUUAUAGUGGAGGACAACGGGCAGCCCUCUCGUUCAGCUACAGUCAUUGUUAACGUGGCUGUGGCGGACAGCUUUCCUGAAGUACUGUCUGAGUUCACUGACUUUACGCACGACAAGGAGUACAAUGACAACCUGACUUUUUACUUAGUGCUGGCUCUGGCUGUAGUCUCCUUUCUGUUCAUCACGUGUGUAGUGGUCAUUAUAUCAGUGAAAAUCUACAGAUGGAGACAGUCUCGCAUCCUGUAUCACUCCAAUCUGCCAGUGAUCCCAUAUUAUCCUCCACGUUACUCAGACACUCUGGGCACAGGGACCCUCCCACACGUGUACAAUUAUGACACGUGCAGGACCACAGACUCCAGAAAGAGUGACAUUAAAUACAUGCAGCCGAUGAGUCAAAGUCUGGUCAGUGUUGAUGACGUCGGUGCUGAUUCUGCGCAGAAUGGACAUCAGAGAUCAGCAAACUCUACAUUGGUGAGAAACACGCGUACUUAUUUCAUUGCAUAUUAA